AUGCAGUUCUUCACCGUCCUCUUCUUCGCCGCCACUGCCCUUGCGGCACCAGGCGCCCCCGUUGAAGAGCGCCAGACCUACGUGGCCUGCUCUGGCGUGUACGGCAGUGCCCAGUGCUGCGCGACGGACGUCCUUGGUGUUGCCGACCUCGACUGCGGCCAGCCUCCCGAGACUGUUGGCUCGGCUGACGAGUUCUCUGCCGUGUGCUCUGCCAUCGGCCAGAGGGCCCGCUGCUGCGUUCUGCCCAUCCUUGACCAGGGCAUCCUGUGCAACACGCCCGCGGGUGUCGACGAGUAA